UAUAAUAUAAUAAAAUAAACAAAUACAUAAACAAAAUCCUCUCAUCUCUCCAAUAAUUCUUUCAUCUUUAUCUCCUUCAAAUUUUCGAGGAAGACCUGCUCCAGUUUCAUUUUUCGUCAAGCUGUUGUUGUUGAUCUGGAAAACGCGUAUCUACAUAUAUGGACAGGAUAGUCGGAGGAAAGUACAAACUCGGUCGGAAGAUCGGAAGUGGAUCCUUCGGUGAAAUUCAUCUAGCCACGCAUGUUGAUACGUUUGAAAUCGUCGCCGUGAAGAUCGAGAACAAUAAGACAAAACAUCCUCAACUUCUAUAUGAAGCCAAGUUAUACAAUAUUCUUCAGGGAGGAAGUGGUAUACCUGCCAUAAAAUGGUCUGGUGUAGAUGGAGAGGAUAACAUUUUGGUACUCGAUUUGCUGGGACCAAGUCUUGAGGACCUAUUUGUCUAUUGUGGGAGGAAAUUUCAAUUAAAGACGGUCUUAAUGUUGGCUGAUCAAAUGAUUACACGAAUCGAGUAUGUACACUCUAAAGGGUUUUUGCAUCGUGAUAUCAAGCCUGAUAAUUUUCUCAUGGGUCUUGGUCGAAAAGCAAACCAGGUUUAUAUUAUCGAUUUUGGGCUUGCAAAAAGAUAUCGUGAUGCAACAACCCAUCGACACAUUCCUUACAGGGAGAACAAAAAUUUAACUGGAACAGCACGUUAUGCAAGUUGCAAUACUCAUCUUGGAAUUGAGCAAAGUCGACGUGAUGAUUUAGAGUCUCUUGGAUAUGUACUUCUAUAUUUUCUUAGAGGAAGCCUUCCAUGGCAGGGUCUAAAAGCUGCCACAAAGAAGCAGAAGUAUGACAAAAUAUGUGAGAAGAAAUUGUCAACUCCAAUUGAGGUUCUAUGCAAGUCUCACCCUGUGGAAUUUGCUUCAUACUUCCAUUAUUGCCACUCAUUGACAUUUGAUCAACGACCUGAUUAUGGAUUUCUCAAACGUUUAUUCCGAGAAUUAUUCACUCGUGAAGGAUUUGAAUUUGAUUAUAUCUUUGAUUGGACAAUUCUUAAAUACCAACAGUCACAAAAGAAUAAAACUCAACCACAUGGAUUGACAGGUCAUGGAGAAAGCAGCAGUGGGGCCAUUCGAAAAGAUAUGGAAAAACAUCAAGUCGCCAGUCCUGGCAUCCGAAUGCAAAUAAAAUCACCAAUCAACCGAAUGACUCCCGAAAAUCCUCCCGAAAGAAACAUGUUGAGUCAUUUGCAAAUGCCACAAUCAUCAUCUGGCCCAAAAAGAUACCCAACAAAACCAUCAGACUCCAACAACAACACUAAUCAUCAUCCAAUUCCAGACACGACUACUACUACUACAACAACAGGUCAACAACUAAAAAAAUCCAAAAAUCAACUCUCGGGUUUUAGCUUCUCCUUUUGUUUCAGUGUUACUACCACAAUUGACAAAGCUCGUGACAUGGCCAAUCAUAUUCAAAAUCUUUCCUUGAUGGGCACACUGGAAUUGUGGUUUGACCUCGAGGGAUGCUAUACGGUCGCGUGUGUGGCUGCUGGUAUAAAGAGUGGGAAGCAGGUGGCGCGAGGGUGGCCGACUAGCGGUGGUCUCGGCUUGUCUGAACCGAAUGGUGUGGCACGAUCUGUUGAAGCGAUGCAAGCUUCCAUCAGGGCUUUUGCCGAGACAGACUUUGUGUCCUAUCUUCGCUUGGGCGAGCUCGGUCUUGCUAACCUUCGCCAACUAUAUUCCGAGGAGGAGGAACUUGCUUCAGAUGGUGGUGUCGAGGGCGCUGACUUGGCUCGUCCCCGCCAUGGUUGA